AAAAAAACUAAAAAUCUACUCGGUUUGACUAGACUAGAGAUCUAAUUCUUACAACAUCGAUAAAUUCUAGUAAAAAAAGAGCAAGGUUUUGGCGGAAACAAUUGGGAAGGCGGCAAAGGCAGGAUAUCCAAAUCAGAAAACUUAAUAUUUUAGACUAUGAAAAGAUCAUAGAAUCCGGGUUUUAUCAGUGAACUCGGGUCUAAUUCCCCCAAAAGCAAAACCCUUUUAUUUCUCGUUUCUUCAGCUCAAAAAUUCACUGCAAAAAAACAAAAGAGAAGGGUUUUUACUUGAGUUGGGAUUUUGGGUUUUUGUUUUAGAAAUGAAAGGAGGAAGGAAAAGGGUGUCUCAGAGUGAAGGAGGAGGAAGAGGGGGUAGUGUGAAAGAGAAGAAAAAGGGAGGGACUGAAGAGGAAAUAGUUGGAACUGAAGGACUUGGGGAGAAAAAGGAAGAAGAAGAGGAGCAAGAGGAGGAAGAAGAUGAUGAUGAUGAGGAUGAAGAAGAAGAAGAAGAAGAGGAAGAAGAAGAAGGAAAAGAAGGAGAAAAUGGGGAAAGGAAAGAAGAUGAAAGAACUAAGCUUGAUGAUGGGUUCUUUGAGAUUGAAGCUAUUCGUCGUAAAAGGGUUCGAAAGGGUCAGCUUCAAUAUCUCAUCAAAUGGCGUGGAUGGCCGGAAACUGCAAAUACAUGGGAGCCAUUGGAGAAUCUACAGUCUUGUUCUGACGUAAUUGAUGCAUUUGAGGAAAGCUUGCGUUCAGGGAAGCAUAGUCGAAAGCGAAAACGCAAGUAUGGUGGUCCUCAUACACAGUCCAAGAAGAAGCAGCCUUGUUCUUCUGGUUCUACAUAUAAUGCGACUGGUCUUGAACUUGGUGUUGUUGAUAAGACUCCCUUGGUUCCCUUUGACAAUUCCGGUAUUGCUGAUCUUUCUGCUUCAAGUACAGUUAUAGUGUUGGCACGAGAAGGAGAGCGUAAUGGAAAUAGCAGCAAUGUCAGAAGAGCUAAAAGAGUUAAGGAUAACAGUUCUGCAAACGGUUCAAAAAAAGUUGACGAGACAAAGGAUGAAAAUGAUUAUGAUACCAAGCUUAGUGAGCUAAAAGGUGCAUUGUCUUCUAAAGGGGGCAAUACAGAUAAGCUUGCAAUUCGGUUUCAAGAAGGCAAAGCUUCUGAAGGUGAUGGGCCUGUAAAUGGGUUACAAAAGGUUGAUCGUGGGGAAUCAGUUCAGAGUGAUCGUCGCACAGGAGCUAAAAGGAGGAAGUCUGGUUCUGUUAAGAGGUUUACACAGGAUCCAGCCUCAUCUGGACCUAAUUUGACUCAAAAUGCUACAAAUGUCCAUGUUGGCUAUGCAAUUACAGAUGCAGAGAUGGAAAUUGUAAAUCUUGGUUUAGCAGCAGACGGUUCGAGUCAUAGGUCCCCGAUUGAUAAUUCUUUAAAUGUACCUGUCAUAACCAAGAUCCUCAAGCCUGUAGGAUUUUCGGCUUCUGUAUCAGCUAAUACUCAAGAUGUGUCAGUAACCUUCUUGGCACUCAGGUCCGAUGGAAAAGAAGUUAUGGUGGACAACCAAUAUCUUAAAGCUAACAAUCCACUGCUGUUAAUCAGCUUCUAUGAGCAACAUCUUAAGUAUAGCCCUCCAUCUUGAUCACCUAGGCGUAUUUAGUGUAUUGAUGAAGCUGAAGGCCGCCAUAUUCAUUUUGUUUGUGUAUGCAUUGUUGUAACUCUAUUACAUUAGUCGCAGAAGAUAAGAGCAGGAUAAGCAAGAGCUCUCAUUUUCAAGUGCCAAGCUGACUGAUAUAACGACCACACAAGGAGCUUGGCCUGGUGAAGAAACCUAUUUUUUGUGCUGAAUUUUACUAUGAGCAUAUUUGCCUGCGAUGGUAGGGUCGUUCCCUUGGUAUCCUAUACCUAGCAAGAUUGCGUUGUAUGGAGUCCUAUGCUGUAUUAGUUUGUUUUUAGUGAAUAUAUAUUUUUCCCAUUUGCAAUCAGAAGUUACAUUUCUAGUAGAUUUAAGAAGAUAUGUUCUUUUUUUUGUAAUUUAUCAUAGGGUUAAUGCAACUAUUUGCCUUUCAAAAGUAGCAUCCAAUUAUCAUUUUGGUAUCUAAAGAA